AUGUAAUUCCAAGCCAAAUAAUACUUUGCUCAAUAUUCAUUCACUCAAAACGUAUUAUAACAAAUAACAGAUAGAUUAGGAUGUAUUUAUGAUAUCAAUUCAUAUUAUCAAAAUUCAUCGCAAGCCAUUACUUUUGAUAAUAAUCCUGUCUCUAAAGAAAUUAGCGAAUUAUUUUCCAUCUUUUAUCUCUUCUCAAGCAAUCCAUUUAUUGGAAUAAUUUCAUAAGGAAAUGAAAGUAGCUUUCUUCUUGAAUUAACAUAAAUGCGAAAAAAUUAAUGUGCGAAAAUCUGUUAAAACAAUGGCAAAUGCAUCAAUGGAUUUUGUGAAUGUCCAGUAUCCUAUUUGGGGAGUGAUUGCACUAUUUAGAUCAAAGACAUCGAAAAUUAAUUAGACUUGGAACCAAAAUAAUAUUACUUUUUUCAUAUUAAAUCGUUCAAUAUUUCUAAGUUUGAAAGACAAUUAGAAACCUUUGUUGAAAUUCGAUAUACAUGCUAGCAUCAAUACUAGAUGCAAUUUUAAGGAGUGUAAAUCACAACCAAUUUGAUUAAUUUUAAUCAAACCUUUUUGCAAUCCUGUUUAAUGAAAACUAUCGAAAUGCAAGAACAACUCCCAAUUAAAUUACAAUCCUAUGUUAUCUUUGAAUAAACCUCAUCAAAUAGAAUAAAGAUUACACAAUAAGAGAAUCAUUUUGUAUUCUAAAAUCUAAUUGUUGCCUUCAUUGCCUUGCUUAUUUUAGCCUUAUUAAGUAUGCUCUACAUAUUUUACCAUCAUAAAAAUCCAAAAGACUUGAAGGCCUUAAGGAUUGUGCCUAUUAUUAAAUUUUCUUUAGCCCUAGAGUAGGUAGAAUAAACAGAUAUCGAGUGCGCUUUAUGUAUGAAGGAGCUCUAACAAAAUUAGUCUGUCAGAAUAACUUAUUGCAAUCAUCUCUACCAUGAUUUUUGUUUUAAAAUGUGGUGGACCAAUAACAAAAGCUGCCCUCGUUGCAGAUCUCCCUUAGAUUUGGAGACUAUGAGAAAAAAUUAGAAAACAGAUAUCUUAUAAUAAUCAACUUUCUCUAAUCUUUAGAGCAAUAGGAAAAAGAACUUAGUUACAUUUGUUGAUACUGGUUCAACAAUUAGACAUAUGCCUAUCUAGUAGAAAUUGGAACUGUAAAUUAAAUGA